UCGUUUCUCCUCUUUCGAGUCUCGUCUUGCCUGGCGUUGCGUGGCGUGGCGUGGCGAGGCGAGAGGUGCAUCUCUCCAACCCAAACCCUACUCCUUAUCUAUUCGGCUGAUCGGCCCCCGCCGGCGGUGGAGCCGGCGGCGACGGGUGGCGGAAGAUGAUGCGCCGGUGCUCUCACUGCAGCCACAAUGGCCACAACUCCCGGACGUGCCCCAACCGCGGCGGGGUGAAGCUCUUCGGCGUGCGCCUCACCGACGGUUCCAUUCAGAAGAGCGCCAGCAUGGGGAACCUAUCCUUACUUUCCGGAUCCAGCGGAGGCGCCUCCCCUGCUGACGGGCCGGAGCCCGCCGCUGGCGCGGCCACCGACGGUUACGCAUCGGAGGACUUCGUGAAGGGGUCGUCCGCGAGCUGCCGCGAGAGGAAAAAAGGUAAUCCGUGGACUGAAGAAGAGCAUAGAAUGUUUUUACUCGGAUUGCAAAAGCUUGGUAAAGGCGAUUGGCGUGGCAUAUCUCGUAACUAUGUGGUAUCAAGGACACCUACUCAAGUGGCUAGCCACGCACAGAAGUAUUUUAUUCGUAAAUCUAAUAUAACAAGAAGAAAGAGAAGAUCAAGCCUCUUUGAUAUGGAAGCCGAUGAGCCCCUUGAACCUCAAACUUUGUUAGUGUUCCAAGAAUCAGAUGCACAAAAUAACAAGCCGCUUCCAAUACCUCCAAUUCUGAAUGAGGAAGAUGAAUCAAUGGAUUCUAAAGUGGAAAUAAUCGAAGAAGUGCCACAACCAGAAGCUCAGCAGCCCACUUAUCCUUUAAUGCUUCCCACAUACUUUUCUCCAUUUAUACAAUUUCCUUCCUCUUAUUGGUCAGGAUACAAAAUGGAUACUUUGGAGCAACAGACUCAUGAAAUUAUUAAGCCAACAGCAGUGCGAUCAAAGACUCCAAUAAAUAUUGAUGAGCUUGUGGGUAUGUCAAAAUUGAGUAUAGGAGAGUCCCUUGUAGGGACCACAUCUUCAUUGGAUUUUCGUGGAGGAUCAAAUAGGCAAUCUGCUUUCCAUGCUAAUCCCUCCACGAGGUCUCAAACAUGAUCAAACUAUUUAAACAGACGAUCAAGUGAUGGUACUAUGCAAUAUACUGUGGGAUUCGGAAGAUCUUCCUUGCAUCAUGGGGACUUGGUUCCAUGUGUAUACUUUCUGUUUAUGCUAACUGUAAUAGCCAUUCGUUAUAUUAGACUACUAAUAAUCCAAUGACAUUCCAAACUAUGCACCUACUAAUAAUGUACAGCUUUAGCAUUUGAAUGUUUAUUCUAUCGAGGUACUUCAUGGAAGAUCAAGUUUCCUAGCAAAGUAAAUGUUUACAAACUAAUUGGUCCUGCAACUAUGAUAUCAAGCUGGAUUCUUGUUUGUUAUAUGAAAAUGUAAGUUGUUUUGAAAGUUGUAAUGAAAGAUAUUCUCUCGUUUCCUCUC